AUGCCACUUUAUUUUGAAACAUGUGGUAAAAUGUUUGAACUUCAAGGAACCUUAUAUUUUUUAUUAAAACUUAAAAAUUUUACAAAUAUAGACCUCACCAAAUGCGGGGAAUAUCAAUUAAGAUUUAAACUUAAAACCCCCUUUAAUCAGUCUGUUUCAGAAUCCUGUCCUAAUACUAUUGAUACAAAUUCGUCUCAAGAUAUUACAAUUAUAAGUUCAACAAUUAAUAUAAAUUUUCAAAACGAGGUUGUUGAAAUUAAUGAAGUUUUUUUGCACAAAAUCAUUUUCUUGGUGGACUCAUCAAAGGCAUUUGACACCUUAAAGCAAAUAGACCUUGAGUUAACAGUAGAAUUGUUUUAUCACAAUCCCAGAACUUCUACUGUUAAAUUAAAUAAAUUGGAUACCGAAAUCAAAUUUGAAGACAAGCUCAAAAAAUGUAGGGACUUCAAAUUUUGCAGUUCAAGGAAAAUUAUAUGUCAUUACGAUUUGCUAAAUGGACUACAUUAUGCUCGCCCAAUAAUAUUUGGGCAUAGGCACCUUGCUAGCAUCAAUAUAUCCACCCAGGCUAACCUGAUAUCUCUGAGAGAACCCACAUAUAAGGUCUACAAAAAAAUCAAACAACAGAACAAGAUGAAGGCUUACUCAUCUCAAUCUUCAGCACAAAUUCCUGAUGGUCUUCUGUCCUUCGAUCUCCUGUCAUCUCUAGAUACCAAUGAAAAAAUCGCCGUGACAGUAGGUAGUGGCGGACAUGAAAACACCGAAAAUAAUCGGCAUAACCCUAACAGCUGCUACCCUUUUUUACCCCCAACUCUGCAAGCCAUCUUGUUAAGGAACGGAAUGGUCUCUAAAAACGUUAAAGCAUGCAAAUAUGUUGUCAACCCGGAUGGUUUUCAUGGUUACCGAUCAGCUGUCGAACGAUUCGUUCAAAUAUUCUACAUCCAGAUCCUCUCCCAUUUUAGCUUAAAGUGCACCCUCUUGAAGUACUUUCUAUACGCCAAUUUUCCCGGAUUCCGCCCGGAUGAUGAACCGUACCCGCAUAAGGAAAUCCAUUUGGAAGACUUUAGCCGAACCUUGAAAGAGGCUCUGCUAGGCUUCCCGUCUCGUAUCCUGGCGUUCACCGCUACCGACCACAAGCACAACUAUGUGACCGAAUUCGUGAGUUAUUCUAUCCGAUUGCUAGAUUUGAUCUCUCGCGAGAACGAAGAAAUUUGGAAACAUUUAACGGGUUCGACCUAUGGGCUCGCCACCACCGCUCAUUUUGCCCCGGAAGAUGCCGGAAAGUUGAGCGGCCAUGAUUCGGGCUUAGAGGACCGCUUAUUAAACUCUCAAUAUUACUAUGAUAGGAUUCGAAAAUUUUCGGUCAAUUUUUACGUGACCCUUAACCGUAAGGCUAUGCCCAAAUUGCCAGAUAAAUGCUUUAAUUCCGCCUUACGACACGCCUUAGAAGUCGUGGAGUUGGAUGGGGACUCGUCGAGUACCUACGAUCAUUGCGUCAUAUCGGAACACCUAACUGACGACUCUAAAAACCAAGACGCCUCCGAAUCGUAUACCGCGAAUUACGAUAACCCUCUCAACGAACCUAAUUCACUUCGUCGAUUAAUAUUUUCUCCGCUAAAUCUGGGUGAAGACGACGGGACCGUAUUCGCGCUUUUGAACAAACAAUCCCACCGAUUUUCCGCUCUUCACGGGUGCGUUCUAUCUCCAUUUAAAUCCCCAGGCCGCGAUGACGUUAAAAUGGGACGUUUAUCUGCCGUUUUUUCGGAAAUUUCAAACAUUUUUCGGUCUUUAUUCCAGGUUCCACCGUUACUCGCGGCUUCCCAUUUUGACCCUAGUCCUAGAUUGCCCCUCGAAUCUGAUAGAUCCGUUACGCAAUUCACCCCUUUGGCUAAGUUGACUCGACGUAAAAGCGGUUUCUACCUAUCGCCAGCUCUUCGUAAGGCUAAUAAUAACUGGUUCGCUCGAGAUAACGGUAAUGUAGGCGACGACGGCGAUAUUAAAUUGAUAGGAUUCAAAUCGGAUUGUUCCUCGAUUUCCGGAACAGCUGAUUCACCCAAAUUAUCUGAUAACGUGCCUUCCCCGCUAAAAUGCGAGAGAAAAUUGAGUUUUAGGGGGUUCGGUUCUAGAUCAAAAUCGAAAACUUUUGUUUUACCCUUCCCGACCUCCAACGUUAAAAUGCGAUGGGAAAAGAAGUCGUCGGUGUUUUCCCGCGAGUUUAACCCCAACGGAAAUAUUCCGUCGACAAAUAUCGCUGACGAAUACUCGAGUACACACGCCAACCCCACCACGAUAAUGAAUUCUAAUUUCGAUUUACGCGAUAACGAAGGCACGCCUUCUGGCUUCUACGAAGAAAGCGGCCAAAUGAAUUUUGACGACCAAGAAAUGGGUAAUAAUAAACUAGGGAAAACUGGUGGCGGUUGCGCGAGAUUAACUUCUUGCGCAGAAUUUUUGACCAGAUCUUCAUCAUCGUCAUGUAGGAGAAAGUCUGUCGGAGCUAAAAUGAUUUCCAACAAGCUUCCUACGACACCCGAAGAUUUACCCUUAAUCUUAAACUCGUCAGAACCUUGUGCCCUCUACUCGCCAAAGUUAUUAUCGACAACUAGACCAUUAACCAACUAUUCCUUGUCAGAUAGUCCGUCAUCAUGCACCUCUCUAUUAUCAGCUCCCAAGUCGAUCCAUUUGGUAGUCUGUGUCCACGGGUUGGGGGGCUCCAAGAACGACCUCAAGUCUUUCGAGAUGGUCUUCAAGAGGCUUUUACCCUUAUCGUCUGUUGACCAUCGCUACGCCGAAGAAGGCCACCUCGACAACGCCCACGAAGCGCUUGACGCUCCGCGAUUCGAAUUUCUCAUGACCGAACAAGUGUGUCCCGAUAGCACGGUGCACACACAAUCCUUAGAUAUAGAGGCCAGGGCCGAUCAUUGCCUCUCCCAACUUCUCUCCCGCUUAUCUCACGCUUCCGACUUUCGGCAAAAUGGCGAAAUAUUUUCCAAAAAUUCAGGUUAUUCCGAAAGACCCAUUCCUUUCCGCGUGCCUCGUAUAACCCGUAUAAGCUUCGUGGCCCAUUCCCUUGGAUGCCUCAUCGUCAGGGCCAUGAUUUUAAACUCUUCCUUCGAACCCUACCUUGAAAGGUUACAGACAUUCCUCUCAAUCUCCGGUCCCCACACUGGUUUGACACAACUGCUUAACCCGGUGACGGCAGGUCUAAAAUUUUUGGCGACAGUUAAAGGGCCCUCCUGGAAACUGGCCGCCCAAUUAACUCUCAGGGAUUUUAUCAAUCCUACCCCUAUUCUUACAAAAAAUGGUGGCUAUAAUUUUGUGGGUCCAGAUAAUAACCACAGUUGUUACGAUGAAGAUUAUGAAGGUAAGAACGCUCUAAAUUUAAAAACCGAACCCCACAAAGUUGAAAGCGAGGAAAAUAUCGGCAUAGUAAAUCAUAGUUUUGACGAAGAAUUUCAAAGCCUGCCAGUCUUUGAAAACCUCCGCAAUCGCGAUGGCUUUGUCUGGAAUGGGAAAAAUAAGGGUAUCCCCGAUGACGAUCUCGAUAACCAGGAGCGAUUUCCGACUCGCGGGAGAGGCGGGAAGCUCAAGAAUGAGUUUGGUGCCAUGGGUAACGGUUACGAAAAUGGACACGUUCGUAAUGGCUUUUCCAGGGUUCGGCCAUCUAACGGAGAAUGUAUAAAUAACCAGAAAACGACGCAUUUCAACGAUCCUCGGCGAAACGCCUACUUGUAUUGCUUAUGCCGGGACUCCCGUAAAGCCCUGGGACACUUUAAGCACUUGCUACUCGUCGGUAGUAGCCAAGAUAAAUACGCUCCCUUGAAGUCGGCCCUGCUAUUACCCCUAGAUUACGCGGCCGAAACCGGAAAUAGGGUAGGCGUAAAGGGCGAGAACGAAGCGCUACCCAACGACAAUUGUUUGGAGGAGGAAAUGAUAAAACUCGUGAUCGAACCGCUAAGGCGCUCGGGAACCAAGAUAGUGAGAUACGAGGUUAAGUUCAACUUGCCAUCCCCAUUCUCCCUCAACCUUUCUUCCAAGCAAAACCAAAACGCCGUCAAUAUAGCUAAUUCUCGGACCAGCGCUUUGGUGGGCCGAACCGCUCACGUCGCCUUGAUAGACUCCGAAAUUUUUCUGGAAAAACUUCUCAUCGUCUCCGCUCUCAAAUAUUUUCAUCUUUAGAAACUCAACGGAGGGGGAUUAGAAACGGAUUAUGUUUUUUUUUUCAGGAGAGAAAAACAUCGUCACUAUUGUUUAUAUAAGUGAUAUUUUAAGAAAAAUAUUUAACACUUAUUUUGUAUUAGUUAAAUUUUAAAAAUUUAAUAUAAAUGUAUAGAUAUAUAUUUUUUUGGCUACAGCUUUAGCUAAUAUUGAAUUGUGAUUAUUUCACAGUUUUUUAUAAUUGUUCGUGCUAACAAAUACUUUGUGUUAGAAAUCAUUUUCUUCCCGAACGGGGUUAAUUUUCCCUAUACAAACCAGUUUGCUCUUAUAAGGAUCGAUAGUUUUUUAUAGCCUUUUGUGCAUCCAGAAUCAGCUGGGAUUGGCUCACUCUUAAAAUGUGAAUGAUAUUUAAUAGCAGUAUUUAAAUAAAUAUCUCAAUUUUCAAUUUGUAAUUUUGGUGAUAAAUUUUAUAAAUUUUUUUUUAUCGCUUUUACAAUCGCUUUCUUAUAAUAACCAAAGUUUCUUAUUUUACAAAUUCCAGUAUUUGAAGAAAGAAAGAAAAAUAUAUAUAUUCAUAAUAAUUAUUUUAACGAUGCAUAUCACAAAAAACUGA